CCCAGUUUUAUUUGGUAUGCUUCGGAUAUGUUCGUUAUAUAAAUCAAGAAAUCAUGGGGCUUACUGGUGAUCAUGAUUGCCCUGAAUAUUGUACUGAUUUAUACCAUUGCAUAAGGCAAAUGAGUAUUUGAUACUGUACAAUAAGUGAAAGGAUCGGUGAGAGCUUCUAGUUCUAGAGCUCUAGAAUGGCUCAAAAUUAUGUGGACUGGCCAUCAUCCUCAGAUAGUGAAUUUAAUGAUGACAAUUCGGAGGAUUUGUCACACAGUGAACUCGAAGUGUUGCCAAAAUAUCUUUCAGAGGAUCCGACGUCUUGGAAAUCUAUUCAAUUAAGUCACAAUUGUUUCGUGGCGUUUCCUGGCGAAUUGGGAACAUUUCUUAAUCUAAUAAACCUUGAUAUUAGCAACAAUGGUUUGACAUCAAUUGGGAUGGAAAUUCUGCAUCUACAAAGCCUGACUACAUUUACUGCAAGAAAUAACCUACUGGAUGAAAACUCUUUGCCUAAAGAUUUUGGACUUGUCACUUCUUUAGAGACAUUGAAUUUCAGUGGCAACAGAUUCACGGACUUCCCCAUGCAAUUGACAGAGUUGAAGAAUUUAAAAACAUUACACAUAGGUGCAAAUAACCUGAAGUCUAUACCUGGUGCUAUAAAAGGCUUGUCAAAGUUGGAAGUGCUGUAUUUGGGAGGAAAUUCAUUACAAGAAGUUCCAGCAGAGCUCGGCACUUUACAUCGAAUGACCUCUCUUGUUCUCUGUGAUAACCAGCUGCACAGUCUACCACCAACAUUCUCACAUCUCAGGAAACUACGCUCACUCAGUCUACACAACAAUCGGUUAUCUACAUUACCUCAAGAAAUAGUUGCCCUCAACUUGAAGGAACUUAGUCUUAGAAACAAUCCACUUGUUAAUAGAUUUGUACAAGAUCUAAGCUUUGAUCCCCCAUCUUUAAUGGAACUAGCUGGUCGAGUCAUCAAAAUUGACCGGGUCAAGUAUUCAACUGCUGAUUUGCCAGUUCACCUUGUGAAGUACCUGUCUUCUGCUGAAAGAUGUGUCAAUCCAAAAUGCAAAGGUGUGUACUUCAGCUCUAAAGUAGAGAAUGUGAAGUUUGUAGAUUUUUGUGGCAAGUAUCGUCUUCCCCUGUUACAGUAUUUAUGCUCACCACAAUGUUCGUACACGUCUGUGUGUAGUGACAGUGAAACUGAUGAUGAGGAUUCUGCAAGAAGCAAGAUGAAAAAAGUUUUACUGGGUUGAUUUUCAAAAUAUUCUUAAAUUUUUGUGUUGGGAAAGCUGAGAUACUGAGGGCUUGGUGCCAAAAAAAUUGUAACUUUUACAACUUCAAAAAUAAACUAAGCCUUCUGUAUUUUCCACAUUCAAUGUUUUACUAGUUGUAAAAUUUUAUGAUGGAAUUUGUUGCUAUUGAAACCAAAAUGUUUGCAGUGGAUGUUAUUUUGCUGUGAUCCUGCAACCUUUUAAA